AUGGAUUUGUACUACAGCAUUGUGUCGCCCCCCUGCCAGACCGUUCUGCUGGUCGCGAAGAAGCUCGGGAUCACUUUCAACCUAAAGGAAACGAAUCCACACCUGCCCGAAGUGCGCGAGAAUCUGAAGAAGAUUAACCCGCAGCACACAAUUCCCACCCUGGUGGACGAUGGGCAUGUAAUCUACGAGUCGUACGCGAUUGUGAUCUACUUGAUCGAAAAGUACGGCAAAGACGAUUCGCUCUACCCGAAGGAUCCGAAGGUGCGCUCCGUCGUAAAUCAGCGGCUUUUCUUCGACAAUGGGCUCCUGUUCCGGAGCACCAUCGAGCACGUGGAAUGUCUGGUGCGCAAGACAAGACAAAUGACGGAUGAGAUUGGGGCGAAGUUGAAGAAGGCGCUCGGUCUGCUGGAGUCCUACGUCACGGAGCGUCAGUUUGCCGCCGCCGAUCAUCUGACGAUCGCCGAUAUUUGUCUGCUGAGUAACGUAACGACGCUCGGCAUGAUGCAGUACGACCUCGAGCCCUAUCCGGGAAUUAAGGCCUGGCUGGCUAAGGUGACGGCCGAGUUCCCGGACUAUGCCGAAUUCCAUAAGGAGCUCGUUGAUACCACGAUGAAGUACCUUGCUUCGCUACAAAAACCGAAUUAGGUGUG